AUGGUGAAAGUGUUGGAUAAGGGAACACCGAAGUCACUUGGUGAUAGUCGCAGUCUCCUCAUGAAACUAGACACCGGAGGUGUCGCUCUCUGUCGGAGAAGAGGUACUCCACCGACUGGGUGUCGCUGGAAAGCGUCAGAAAGGAGGGGAUCCACCGGCUGGGUGUCGCUGGAAAGCGCUGGAUGGCGAGGCGGGGCUGGACGGAGGUCAGAGGUAGGAGGCGUCGGCGCCAAGAGAAACGUCGGAGGUGGGAGAAGCUGUCAACGUCGAGAACUGAGAAGAAGAGAAAGGGUUUUGUCGAAGUGA